UCCCGCUUUCUUUCAGCAGAUUCAGUAGAUUCUUAGUCGUCGUUGUGGCUGAAUAAUCAGAACAUAAACCCAAGCCCAGCCGAGUCGAUUAGCUAUCCGUUAGCUACCUUGUAAUUCAAUUAACUGGAGGAAAAAAUGCUGAGAUUCGCGGUAAUUGCCUGUGCGGUGCUGGUGGCUUUCGUCAGCGGUUUGGAGUUCAGCGAUUGUGGAUCCAAGACGGGAAAAUUCACCAGGGUAGCCAUCGAGGGAUGCGACACCACCAAGGCCGAGUGCAUCCUCAAGAGAAAUACCACCGUUAGUUUCUCGAUCGAUUUUGCUUUGGCGGAGGAGGCCACAUCCGUGAAGACGGUGGUGCACGGCAAGGUCCUGGGGAUCGAGAUGCCAUUCCCUCUGGCCAAUCCCAAUGCCUGUUUGGACAGUGGCCUCAAGUGCCCGCUGGAGAAGGGCGAGUCCUACCGCUACACGGCCACUCUGCCGGUCCUCAAGUCCUAUCCGAAGGUUUCGGUGCUGGUCAAAUGGGAGCUACAGGAUCAGGAUAAUGCGGACAUUAUCUGCGUGGAGAUUCCCGCCAAGAUUCAGUAGGGAACUUACUGAACCCUCCUUUUAAUUUAACCUCGAA